AUGGGUAUUUCAAAUAAUAGUUUAAUAGUAUAUGGAUAUUUAUCUUUGGUUUGUUGUUUUAUUAAUAUAAUAUUAUUACCAUUCACUUUUCGUAUGUUAUUUUUUAAAAGAGUAUGGCAUGUUUAUUUUCGAAUAUCAGUUAGUUUAAUUGUUAUAUGUUCAGUUAUAAUAUCAUUAAAUGCUGGAAUUGUUUCAUAUCUAUUUAUUUAUUUUAAUUUGGAUAUAUCUAAUAAAUUUAAUCAAAAUAUGACUGAAGAAAAGUAUAUGUACAAUUUUUUUCGAUCAUUGCAACCUUCAACUAAUGAUAGUUAUCGUUACACUAUGUGGGUGUUAUGUGGAGAAAGACUACUUGCCACAAUAAAAUUUAAAAAUUACCAAACAAAUAAAGCAAAAUUAUUUGCACUUUUAACAACACUUUUUGUUAUUAUGACAACAUUAUUUACAAAAUUUUUAAUUGAAUUAUUAAAAAUACAAAAGUAUAUGAAUUAUAUUUAUACUUUAAUGGAUAUACCACUUAUUUUAAUUAUUUUAAUACUAUUAAUAUUAAAUUGUAAAAGAAAAAAAACUGCUUUAAUUAAAGGAGCAGAUUUAAGUUCAAAAUUUCAAUUAAAUGAAAAUUAUUUUUUAAUACUUUUUUCAUUGCCUAUUAUUACAUUUAAUGUUUUUCAAUUAUUUAUUGUUAAUAUACUUGCAAUUAAAGUAAACAUCUUUAAUAUGAAUCAUAAUGAACUAUUUAUGAUUGUCUAUGCUUUUAGAAUAAUUGCAUAUAUUUUAUUUCAAGUAUAUUUUUAUUUUAAUAAAUAUAUAUUUAUAUUUAUAAAAAGCAAAUUUGAAAGAAAAGUUAUCCCAAUACAAAUAACUAGUGGUAAACAAAAAAGUUUAAAUAAUUCACAAUGUAAUGAGCAAAAAAAUAAAGCUGAUAUUGAAAAAAAUAUUUAUUUUAAAAUGUUAGAAAAAGAUUUAAAUCAAGUUAAUGCCUCGUAA